AUGUAUUCAGCAUCAAGUUCCUACCUGGGAGGGGGCAACAGCGCCCGUCCAGCCCCUCCCCAGUAUGGACAGUCUUACCCCCAGCAAGGCCAGCAGCAACCAAACAGCACUCAACAGCUUGGCUACAAUGCGCCUCAGCCUACUGGCUUUGGUGCAGCUCAGCUCCAACCUCAACAUACAAGCUACCCAGGUCCGGGACAGCAGCAAAGCUUCCAAGCUUCGCAACAACAGCCACAGUACACCGGAUACCCUACGCAAAACCAACAGCCUUCCCAGAACCAGCUUCCUCAACAACAGCCUUUUCAGACGGGACAGCCUCCUCAGCAGCAAUUUACUCCGCAGAAGACAGGUCAAACCUCCUCCCAAAUAGCCCAGUCUUUCUCCUCAACGCCUGCAUCGCAACCUUCAGCGCCCCGAGUUACCGCAUCAAGCACAAAAAUACCUAAGAUUCGGCUAUCAUAUUUGACCGCCACGGAUCAGGCGAAGUUUGAGCAGCUAUUCAAAUCGGCAGUAGGUGAUGGACAAGCUUUAGAUGGCGAGAAGGUCAAAGACUUGCUGAUCCGAUCGAAACUUCCCGGAACUGAUCUUAUGAAGAUAUGGACUCUCUCGGAUACAACGAAGUCGGGUCAGCUCCUCUUUCCGGAGUUCGCUCUAGCCAUGUACCUUUGCAAUUUGAAGCUUGUGGGAAAAGAAUUACCGCAAAGCUUGCCGGAAAAGAUCAUGAACGAAGUCUCUAGUAUGGUGGAUAUCAUUUCAUUCGGCGUGCCUGACGAUCGUCCUGUGGCGCCUCCUCGAAGCAAUGCGCCCAAUUUCAAUGCUCCAACCUCAGCAAGUUCCGCCUCCGUAAUUCAGCAGCCUCAGCCUCAGGCUUCGAACAGCCAGCUGCUGUCGCAGAUUGCAUCUCAACCGACAGGUUUCGCAGCGCAGUACAUCCCACCUCAACCAACGGGCUUUGGAAAUCAGCAAACCGGCUUCACAUCACAGCCGACUAGCUUUCAGCAACAGCAGACAGGGUACCAGCAAAACGCACAAGCUACGGGUUACCAAGGUCCCAGGCCUCCCAUGCCGCCAAUGCCGACGGGUUAUGGCUCGAAUCUCUCUCCAGCACAGACUGGCAACCAACCGUCAAUGCCUCUUAAUGCUCAGCCUACGGGACGCCCUGGGCAGUGGGGGCUUGUGAACGCUCCGGCUUCAGGAUUGCCAAAUAUUGAUGCUCUACAACAGCGUAUGAUGCCCCAAGCAGGCCGUGAAGGAGGAUAUACAACGGCUGGACUGUCGGGUAGCGCUACGGUUCCGUGGGCUGUUACCAAGGAUGAGAAGAAGAUCUACGAUCAGCUGUUCAAGGCCUGGGAUGGAUUCAACAAAGGCUUCAUUGGUGGCGAUGUUGCCAUUGAGGUCAUGGGCCAAAGCGGACUACCUAAAGCCGACCUCGAAAAGGUUUGGACUCUGUCCGAUCCUAGUAAUAAAGGAAGAUUAGAUAUGGAUGAGUUCGCUGUCGCUAUGCAUUUAAUUUACAGGAAGCUGAAUGGCUACCCCGUGCCUAAUCAGCUGCCACCAGAGCUUGUCCCUCCAUCGACAAGGAACUUCACGAAUUCAAUAGAUACUGUCAAGUCGCUACUUUCACAAGAUGCCGAAACCAGGAAAAGUACGGGUUCCUUCCUUCAACCGCAGAAAACGGGUGUUAGCUAUCUGAAGAACCAUUCAUUCCGGAACGAUUCGAACGGCAUCACGCCAGGACGAAAGGAUGCAACCAUCUUUCGAAACAACGAUGAUGAUAUCGGGUACAGAUCGAGUGCGCGCCGCAGGGUUGGUGGUGAUGGACGUACUCCUUCACCCGCUCAAUCAACAUCACCAUCUUCCGAAAGAUCAAGUGAUGAUCUGUCGAUCGAACAGCUGCGUAAGAAGAUCCGAGAAAAGCAGGUAUUGCUAGACGCAAUUGACUUCAAGGAUGAGAACGCUGCGGAAGAAGACGAUGCUCUUGAUCGAAGGGAUCGUCGAGAGGCCGAGGACCUUUAUCGACGCAUACGGCGGAUUCAAGAGGACAUCGAUAGCCAUCCCAAAGCAACGCUGCGAAGCAUUGAUUCUAGCGCGGAACGAAGGACCUUGAAACGCCAAUUGCAGAGAUUGACAGACCGUCUCCCAGAACUAGCGUCUCAAGUCAGAAAGACAGAACGUAGCAUUUCUGAUGCCAAGAUUGAAUUAUUCCGUAUGAAAGAUGCAAAAGCCCACCCCAGCAGCGCCUCCACGAUCGUUGGUACUGGACCCGGCGGGGCUGUCACAGAGGCAGAUAGACUCAAGGCGCGCGCGAAAGCAAUGAUGCAGCAACGCUCUGCGGCUCUGACAGGUAAAGGUGCUCCCGCCAGCGGAGAUGACAGCGGUGCCGCUGCAAGACGCUUGGAGGAGGAGAAUUCAAAAGCUAAGAGUGAACGGGAGAAUAAUGAAAAUAUGAUCAAAGAUGUGGAAGACAGCGUACGAGACUUUUCUCGUGGUCUUGAGGAUACUCUGAUGCAGGAUGGUGAGGAUGCGAGCAGUGAGCACGAAAGACGGAGGUGGGAGGACGGCCUGGGUGUCGAGGAUGAAGUGAGAGACUUCAUCUUUGAUUUGCAGAGGAGUAGUCGUAGUGCCAAAGUACGAAGUGAAGAUACUGGUAGUACUCGUUCCGAUGAAAAUGGCCGAGGUCCCUCUCGUAAAGAUAGCUCGCGUGACCUUACACCGACCAGCCAUGACAGGAAGCCCGAGUCUCGGGAAACUUCAAGACCAGCAGCUGCUUCUGCUUCUGCAGGCUCUUACUCAUCCUACAAGACCGGCGAAGAUCGAGCCGCAUUCAUAAAGCAGCAGGCAGAGCAGCGUAUGGCCGAACGUCUUGCAGCUCUUGGCUUAAAACCACCAACUAAGUCUGGUGAAUCUGCCCAGCAGAGACAAGAACGCGAAGCCAAGGAACGUCAAGAACGAGUCCGUCAAGCUGAGGCAGAGGAUACCAAGCGAGAAGAAGAGAGGCAACGUAGGCUUGCCGAUGAGCAACCGUCUGCUCCAGAAAUUAGCAAGUCCUCCAAAAAGCCACCUCCUCCACCAACGCGAAACCGUAGAGCAGACAGUGCCGCGCAGCGUGAGGAAGUCAAACGGCAACAAGACGAUGAUGCCCUCAGGGCCGAAGCCGAGCAGCAAGGAAAGGAGCAAGCGAUCAAAGAUCAGCAGCGGGUCCAACAGUCAGAGACCAAGGGCAUGGAAAACGAAGCUCAACGACAGGAACAUGACCUGGCCCAAGAGCGUGAAGCUUCGCAGGCUCGUCUUAAAGCGCUAGAAGAGCAGGUCAAGCAAGGUAAAGUUAAGAAGCAGGAGGAGAAGCGCAGGAAGCAAGCCGCGGAGAGAGAAGCAAAGGAGAAGGAAGCUAAGCUUGCAGCUCAGCGAGCAGAGCUGGAAGCUGCAAAGGAACGGGAACGGCAGCUACAGUUGCAAUUGGAGAGCCUAGGCGACGAAGAUUCGUCUGACGAGGAUGGACCUCAAGAGAUUACGCCACAAGAGACUACGCCAUUGAACAGUCAGGUGCUCUCAAGAGAAGGUAGUGUCCAGGCGUCUAAUCGCUCAUCACCGCCAUUUGCGCCUGCGGCCAAGGCCGAAGCUUCAAUGAGUCCACCUCCAGCGCCCGUCCAAAGUCCUCCUGCGGCACCAGCUCUUUCACCGCCAGCACCAGCACCGUCGUCAUCAUCUUCAUACGGUGCAGAUACCAAGAACCCAUUCUUCAAAAAGAUGAAUCAAGCUAAUGAAACGGCCGCUACGCCGCCAUCCAUUGCCUCACCAAACACUGCUGCCGAAUCCACAAAUCCUUUCCAUCGUUUGACUCAACAGCAGGAAUCCGCAAAGUCUCAAACGCUUCCUCCACCUCUCACUUCUACCCCGACCGGCGACCGCCCAUCACGAGUUCGUCCGGAAGAAGAUGAAUGGUCCGUUGUUGACUCUACCUCGUCCUCAGAUGACGAAGAGGAUACCAAUAAACCAACAGGAGGUAGCGCGAAACAACUCGCUUCCAUGCUGUUCGGCACAAUGGCACCCCCCAGGCCCUUAUCAGCUAUGGAUGAUAAAAAGACUAUGGAAAGCCCAACUAGCCCAACACCCCCAACACCAAGUACAGCUACGGCCAUGUCUCCACCGCCACCCCCACCCAUGCCGGGAAGUUUCGAUGACGGAGAACCUCCAGCUGCACCCCCACCCCCACCACCGCCUAUGCCGACGUCAGGCGCUCCGCCUGCACCUCCGCCUCCACCACCACCGCCUGGAAUGACAGGUGCACCACCAGCGCCUCCGCCACCACCGCCUGGAAUAUCGAGUGGUCCGCCAGGUGGAAAGCCGAGUAUAGGAGGCUUACUGGGCGACAUUCAGAAGGGAACAGGUUUAAAGAAGGUUCAAACCAAGGAUAGGAGUACAGCUAGUACUGCUGGGCGAGUGCUAGACUAA